CCUGCUGCUUCUGAGGCGAAAGAGGUGUCUCCGCCCCCACCCCACCCCGCCGAGACGUGUGGCUCCGAGGCCCAAGUGCCCCAAUGAUGCCUUAGGGUGCAGUGCUCUUUGUCCUCCCUAGCUGUGCUUCCCUGCUGGCUGAUCCCGUGCGCUCCGAGCAAAGCGGGGGAGGGUGGCGCUGGGAGCCGGAAACCUACAACAUAAAUGGGCGCAAGGAGAAAGGAAGUCUAUCUCGGGGUAGUGUGUGCUGCUCUCCCCACCUCUCCCUUGCCUCCUUAGGCUUCCUCCCUUGGUGUGUCCCUGGAGUCCAGGCAGGGGAGGGUCCCACGGUCGCGCGCCCCAGCGUCCCAUCUGAGGGCACGCGCCGGCAGACGGGGAAGGCUCUCCUCUCGCCCACCCCUCUCCAUCUCCUCCUCUCCUUGGCUUUUGUGUUGGUGCCUCGGAGCUGCAAGGAGGGUGCGCUGGAGGAGGAGGGAGACCUGGGGUGUGAGGCACCCCCUUCACGCGCGCGCGCGCACACGUUGCCGGCGCACGCACACACGGGCGGACACACACUCACAGACACGCACACACACGCACAAAGCUCGCUCGCCUCGAGCGCACUAACGUGGCCACCGUUUUCUUUGUGUGGAGCCCUCGAGGGGGGUUGGGGCCCCGGUCCGGUCCCGGGGAGAUGGCGCAGCCCAUCCUGGGCCAUGGGAGCCUGCAGCCCGCCUCUGCUGCUGGCCUGGCAUCCCUGGAGCUGGACUCGUCGCUGGAUCAGUACGUGCAGAUUCGCAUCUUCAAAAUCAUCGUGAUUGGGGACUCCAACGUGGGCAAGACCUGCCUGACCUUCCGCUUCUGCGGGGGAACCUUCCCGGACAAGACUGAAGCCACCAUCGGGGUGGACUUCAGGGAGAAGACGGUUGAAAUCGAGGGCGAGAAGAUCAAGGUUCAGGUGUGGGACACAGCGGGUCAGGAACGCUUCCGUAAAAGCAUGGUUGAGCAUUACUACCGCAAUGUGCAUGCAGUGGUCUUUGUCUAUGACGUCACCAAGAUGACAUCUUUCACCAACCUGAAAAUGUGGAUCCAAGAGUGCAAUGGGCAUGCAGUGCCCCCACUCGUCCCGAAAGUGCUUGUGGGCAACAAGUGUGACUUGCGGGAACAGAUCCAGGUGCCCUCCAAUUUAGCCCUGAAAUUUGCCGAUGCCCACAACAUGCUCUUGUUUGAGACAUCAGCCAAGGACCCCAAAGAGAGUCAGAACGUGGAGUCGAUUUUCAUGUGCCUGGCUUGCCGGUUGAAGGCCCAGAAAUCGCUGCUGUAUCGUGAUGCUGACAGGCAGCAGGGGAAGGUGCAGAAACUGGAGUUCCCACGGGAAGCUAACAGUAAGACUUCCUGUCCUUGUUGAAACCCAAUGGUGUACAUACAAGAUCAAUUAUCACUGGAGUUUUUUCUUUCCCUUUUUUCCGUGCCUGCAUCAUGCUGACACCUGCUUGUUUCCAUACAAAUUGAUAUCAAAAUAAAAUUUGUAUAGAUUAUCAA